AGCCGAGCCCCUUGUAAUGUGAACAGGCAUAAGAAGAGUUAGAGUAACAGGAUCUAAACAAAGAAAACAAGGAUUUCUUAUGUUUAUUAAGAGGUUCAGCUAUAUUUUUGUUUACACUUGUAGGUUAUAGCUACCAAUUUUGUCAAGCAUCUAUUUGUGUACUUCAAAUUUUGAGUUGUACUGUUCUGCAAUUAUUUCCAUGAAGAACACCAGUAAAAGUCAUCUUCUUUUCAUCUUCACUCUCUAUGUCUUAUCUCUGAUCUACCGAGUUUCUGCAGCUGACAAUUACACGUAUCCAUACGAUAGCAUUCUCUUGGACUGUGGCACGGAAACAGAAAUUACAGAUGAGACGAUGUGGGAAACCGAUUUUGGUUCAAAAUACGCAGCUUCAGAGUUGAACACAUCAGCACCUUACAACGCUUCUCACCGUGGGCGAACCCCUAAUGUUCAAGAAAUACCUUAUAUGACGGCAAGAGUGUUCAAAUCUGAAUUCACUUAUAGUUUUCCUGUUAAUAGUGCUGGUUGGAAAAGAGUUGUUCUUAAUUUUUACUCAUCAUCGUACGGGGAUCUGAGUGCCUCUGAUGCUAUGUUUUCGGUUUCAUCUGGUGGCUAUACUCUCCUUAGAGACUUCAGUUUAUCACAAACCAGUGAGGUUCUGAAAUCUGAUAUCAUUGACAAGGUAUUCUACAUUUACAUAGAUGAAACAACAGUAGUGAACAUUACCUUCACACCAUCCUCAAAUUACAACAAUUCCUAUGCACUUGUGAAUGGGAUUGAGAUAUGGUCGGUACUAGAUAAUAUGUUCAAUUCUACUAAUGGAAGUGCUUCUGUUGUGGGUGAAAAGGGAAUUUCUCUCAACAUCAAUCCCACUAAUGCUCUUGAGAUGGUUGUUCAGCUGAAUGUUGGUGGGGAUGAUUCCAGGUAUGAGAGAGAUAGUACAUGGUCUGAUGAUUCAUCUUAUAUUGUUGAAAAACAGACUAGUGCUACGUAUUACGCAAAUUCCAGCGUGGAGAUUAAACACCUUUCCAGCGUUAAUUCUUAUGAAUCAGAGGAGAGUAUCUAUAGGACCGCUCGAACAUUGGGAUCUCUCCCAGAUUAUAAUCAGAAUCAGAACCUGACUUGGGUUUUUUCAGUUGACCCUGGUUUUUAUUACCUUGUAAGGCUGCAUUUCUGUGAGAUCGAUCCAGAUAUCACCAAGGUCAACCAAAGGGUGUUCCAGAUCUUUCUUAAUGGUCAAACUGUUGAGGAUCGGGCUGAUGUGGUUUCAUGGACUGGAAAUACUGGAAAUGGUAUUGCCUUGUAUAAGGAUUAUGCUGUGCGUCUCCCGGAAGGUGAGGGCCAGCAGGAUCUAUGGGUUGCGCUACAUCCUAAAUAUUAUAAUGUCAUCUUAAAUGGUUUGGAAAUCUUCAAGGUAAAUGAUACUACUGGAAACCUUGCUGCACCUAAUCCAAUUCAUACUCCUGUUCAGCAACGAAUUCUCCCAAAUGUUCCAAGUAAGUCCAAGAUUUAUCCUAAAAUUAUAAUAGGUGUUGUUUCUAUGGUGGCCGCUUCAUGUCUUCUCUGUGUUGCUUUCUUUGUGGUAUUCCGAAUGAAGAGGCAAGGAGAUUCUAAUGCCAGUGUUCGACCACCUUUGUGGAUUAUGCGUUCUGUCUAUGGCAACUCACAUCUUCCAGUUUCAGCAAAAACGAACACAGACAGAGGGUAUGCUUCAUCACUUUCUUCGGAUACUUGUCAGCACUUCUCAUUUGCUGAAAUUAAAGCUGCUACAAGCAACUUCAGUGAGGGUUUAGUCUUGGGUAAUGGUGGUUUUGGAAAGGUUUACAAGGGUGAAAUCGAAAAUGGGACUAUUAAGGUUGCCAUUAAACGUGGAAACCCUCUAUCUAAGCAAGGUGUUCAUGAAUUCCAAACAGAAAUUGAGUUGCUUUCUAAACUCAGACACCGCCAUCUAGUAUCCCUAAUUGGGUACUGUGAAGAGAACUCUGAAAUGAUUCUUGUUUAUGAUUACAUGGCUCUUGGAACGCUACGCCAACACCUCUACCAUACCAAAAACCCUCCCCUGUCAUGGAAGCAAAGGCUUGAGAUCUGCAUUGGAGCUGCUCGUGGUUUACAUUACCUCCACACAGGCGCCAAACAAACAAUCAUUCACCGGGAUGUGAAAACAACAAACAUCCUCUUGGAUGAGAAAUGGGUUGCCAAAGUCUCAGAUUUUGGGUUAUCAAAAAUUGGACCAUCUGAUGAUACGCAUGUCAGUACAGCUGUGAAGGGAAGUUUCGGCUAUCUGGAUCCAGAAUACUUCAGGAGGCAGCAAAUAACAGAGAAAUCAGAUGUCUACUCAUUUGGCGUUGUACUGUUUGAGGUCCUUUGUGCAAAACCAGCACUCAAUCCAACAUUAGCAGAUGAAGAAGUAUGCUUAGCAGAAUGGGCUUUAGAAAACCAAAGGGAGGGCAUCCUUGAUCAGAUAAUUGACCCUUACUUGAAUGGCAAAAUAGCACCAGAGUGCUUGAAGACAUUUGGAGAGAUCGCUGAGAAGUGUCUGAGUGAUAAAGGAGUUGAUCGACCAGCAAUGGGGGAUGUUCUAUGGAGUUUAGAAUACGCCCUAGAGUUGCAAGAAAACAUGGAAGGAGGUGGUGGAGUUCGUGGCGACAUGGAUAACGAAGAAACACCGUUUACCAAAGACGAAAAGAAGGAUCCCGAUGAAAUAUCAUUAGGGUUCAAUGGGAGCGGAAACAAUUCAUGGAGCAGUGUAGUGCUACCGCACUAAUCAUGAUCAGUUAAGAGUGAGGACUCUUCUGUUUCUCUGCACUAUGUAAGAUUAUAUGAUUUAUUUCUAACAUAAUUUAUACUAGGUUGUUUAUCAGCACUAUUGGUCUACUG